GUUUACGAUGGUAAAUAUUACCUAUGUGACGCUGGAUACACCACAAUGCCAGGUUUCAUAUCCCCGUAUCGCGGUGUCCGAUAUCAUUUAAAAGAGCACACCGGUAGGACACCAAAGAAUAGGAAGGAGUUGUUCAAUUUAAGGCAUUCAUCUUUAAGAUCAAAAAUUGAGUGCACAUUUGGGAUACUGAAGAAUCGGUUUAAAAUUCUUGCGGGGAAGCCGAAUUAUCCAUUUCCCACUCAAGUGGACAUUGUACUAGCGUGUACUGUGUUGCACAACUUUAUUGCCUUGGAGGAUCCGGAUGAUGAUAUUUUAAAUGAAAAUGUUGAAAUUGAUGAAGAUACUGGGGAAGAGACAAAUGAGGACGAUUCAAAUGUGAUGGACUAUACUCAAAGUAGGACACAAAGAGAGGAUCGAGAUGUUAGAAAUGAAUGGAAGGAGUUACGAGAUCAAAUUGCUUGGGCGAUGUGGGUGGAUUAUUGUGCAAAGUACAAUGGUGGUAACACAAUGGAGAGCGGUUUAACUUAGUGUAGUAUUU